AUGACUACAAAGUGCGGACAUACGAGAGGGCGUUCGCGUUGGGUAUGUCUGUCAUGUCUGUCGCCCGUCCGGUGACCGACUAUAGCACCCAAUUCAAUGAGUUAGAGGGCAACCGGUUUCAGGAGCUCUCGUACGCCACCCAAAUACUGGCCAUCAGUUUGUCCACCGGAACCGUUGAGCCGGUGAUGUCGGCCGAAGAGUUUCUCAUGAUUAUUGACCUCCAAAAACUUCACGACAUUAAAAACGUGGUGAAAAUGUGCAAAAUGCUUGUCUCGUUCAAAGGCAUUUGCGAUCAUGAUAAAAUUGUCCUGCUUAAGUAUGGCGCCCAUGAAGUACACUGUAUGCGGUCCAUCACUUACUAUGAUAUUGCCAAUGAGAGCUGGACCAUAAACCUGGUUGUUUUCCAUGAAUUGAAUUUACUCGUGGACAUUUCUGAGACAGACGACAAGAAAGCGAUGGUUUUGAGACUGGAUUUCAUAAAAGAUAGCGAAAUAUAUUGCGAUUUCAGGGAAUAUAUAAACAAUAUAUUUACUGAAAUAGACUCCGACAUGAAUCUGCUUAACAUGGCGUGGCUGGCCCUGAGUUUACUUCAACAACACGUUUACAUGUAUUUACUUAAACGAUAUCUAUUAAUGAAAUACCGGAGCGAAUGGGAGGCCGACGACAAGUUUAACCGAUUAAUGAAUACAUUGAUUGACUUGUAUUAUGUGGAGAGUCGUUGCAAACACAAUACAAUUACCGAUAGGCCUGACGAUACUGUGCCCCCACUUCUACGCGAGUUGUGGGACAUAUCUGAUGAGCCGUUUGUUGUCAUAGUUGGCCGCUAUUUCGACGAUUGUCUUCACGUUAUGUAUGUCCAGAAGUGCCGCCAUUUUGUCGCUAAUUUUGUUGACCAAACGCUUGAUUUGGUACAUAUGGGCCAAUCGCAUGACAUCGUAGAGCUGAUCCAAGUCUUUGUCAUCGCU